AUGCAUGAGCACACACGAAAGCACAAGGUGGCCGUGGUCGGCUCCGGUAAUUGGGGAUCCACCAUCUCCAAGAUUGUUGCGGAGAACGCCAGAGAGCAUUCGGACCUUUUCGAGCCAGAAGUGCGCAUGUGGGUGUUCGAGGAGGAAAUCGAAAUCCCUGAAUCCUCCAAGCACCACUCCAAACUAGGCGGCCAGAAGCACAAAUUGACCGAGGUCAUCAACGGAGUCCACGAGAAUGUCAAAUACCUGCCGGAUAUUGCACUCCCUGAAAACGUCGUAGCCGACCCAGAUCUCAAAUCGGCUGUUAAAGAUGCUACAUUACUCGUCUUCAACCUCCCCCAUCAGUUUAUCGGCAAGACCCUCGAUGGUGUUGUCGGGCACCAUCUACCCUAUGCGCGAGGUAUCUCUUGCAUCAAGGGCGUCGAUGUGUCUGACGGAACCGUGACCCUUCACUCGGAACUUAUCAUGGAGCGACUGGGCAUCUACUGCGGCGCCUUGUCCGGCGCCAACAUCGCCCCAGAGGUGGCCGCGGAGAAGUUUUGUGAGACGACCAUUGGUUACGACACCCCUCCAAUGGAUGUGGAGGAGCGUGAUGGGUCGCCGAAGGAAAACUUAAUCAAGAUUGAUGAGCAGCGGCAACAUAAGACUAAACCCACGCAUGUCAAAUUACACCCAGUGCCAAAAGAUCUCCCCCCUGUCGACGCUGAGCUGUGGGAGACUCUGUUUGCCCGCCCAUAUUUCCAUGUUAAUCACGUUCGCGAUGUUGCCGGGGUGGCUCUAGGGGGUGCACUCAAAAACAUUGUAGCUUUAGCAUCGGGGUUUGUUGCAGGAAAGGGCUGGGGAGAAAAUGCCAAGGCUGCAAUUAUGCGUGUCGGCAUCUUGGAGAUGAUCAAGUUUGGUCGGACGUGGUUUCCCAAGUCUGUGGAUGAGAGAACCUUUACCGAGGAGAGCGCGGGUCUAGCGGACGUGAUCUCCUCGUGUAGCGGUGGGCGGAACUUCCGGUCAGCUUGUCACGCAGUCGAGCAGGGGGUCAGCGUCAAUGAAAUCGAACAGAAGGAGCUCAACGGUCAGAAACUGCAGGGGACUUCGACGGCCUACGCUGUUUAUGACUUUCUCUCGAAGCACGACCAGUUGAAGGAAUUUCCGUUGUUUGUUGCUGUUCAUGAUAUCCUCGAAGGGAAGUCUACUGUUGAUGACCUCCCAGCACUGCUAGAUGGGAAAAAGAAGAAGAAUAAGAGCGCCUGA